AUGCCUUCUGCAAUUUCACCACCCCAAUCAACAUUCUGCACUGAAAGUUUAGCCAUUACCAAAACCACUUACGCGCGCACGCAAGAUCCCGAAAUGUUGAAGUCUAAGAGAAAGAUUAUUUGUUUUUCGGACUUCGACGGCACAAUCUUCAUGCAAGAUACCGGACACGUCCUCUUCGACGCCCAUGGCUGCGGUGAACAACGCCGUCUCGUCCUCGACAACCAAAUUAAAACGGGCGAACGCUCUUUCCGCGAUGUAUCAGAAGAGAUGUGGGGAUCUCUGCGUGUUCCCUUUGAAGAUGGUUUUGCCAUUAUGGAGAAAACGCUCGAGAUUGAUCCUGAUUUCCAACAAUUCCAUCGUUAUUGCAUGAAUAACAAUAUCCCAUUUAAUGUCAUCAGUGCAGGAUUAAAACCCGUGUUGAGAAAAGUGCUGGAUGAAUUCCUGGGCGAGGAAGAAAGUCGCAAGAUAGACAUCGUAGCGAACGAAGCGGAGAUAAGCGAGGAUGGGAAUCAAUGGAAGCCCGUCUGGCGCCAUGAUACAGAGUUGGGACACGAUAAAGCAUUAUCGAUAAUCGAGGCGCGAGAGCUCGCGCAGUGGGAAUGUGAGGAUGGCACGAUUCCGCUCAUCGUGUUUAUAGGAGAUGGCGUAUCGGAUUUGCCGGCCGCGUCACAGGCGGAUGUAUUGUUUGCGCGGAGGGGGCUACGCUUGGAGGAAUAUUGUGUGGAGCAUGAUAUUGCGUAUGUGCCAUUCGAUACGUUUGCGGAUGUGCAGAAAGAGGUGCAGAGGAUUGCUGAGGAGGAUCAGCUGAAGACGGGUGGGGUGGGUAAGCCGGCUAGAUUCAAUCCCAGGGCUAAUCUGUGGAGAAGAGUCUCGAGUAAGACUGCGGUUCCUUCGUAUGUCGCGGCUACUCCGACAAAUGAAGAGAAAAUGUUCUUGUGGCCGGAAUCUUUCUCGGAGCUUAAGGAAAAUCGACCAUGUACUAUUACAGAGCAUGUUGGUGCUUAG